UGAAGGAGAUGAAGUGUGAGGAAGAGAAGAGCCAUGUCCAAUCUCUCACGAAUGGAAAAACAGACUACUCUUCACCGUCGAGAUUCUCUUCUAUUUUGGCCUCGAUUGACCGUGAUUAUCUUCUCUCUCCAACUGGGACUCAGGAUAGAUUUGGUGUAAGAUGGUGGUGGAUCAGACGGAGCAUGCACACACUUUCGGCCUAACGCACUCAUUCCGAUUUCCAGAAAACAUUCUGCUAAAUCUCUUCUUUUUCACUGCUCUUGGAUGCACUGCCAUUAAUUAUUUCUUCUUCACUGAACAGAUCUUAUUUUCCUUUCAUUUAUUACGGAAUAUUUUUUUUUGUUCUUCGUUUUUGUGUAAAAUGAAUUUUGUAUGAUCUGGAGUCUUUCUUUCUUUCUUUUUUCAAGAGCAAACAUCGAACUUUCUAGAAAGAUGAUAAUUUGUUUUUAUUCAAUAUUUAUUUACGUGUCGUCUCCUGUAUUUGAAUUUCAAAAUAUAUGCGAUAAAAUUUUUAUUUUCCAAUUUGUUAAUAAUUAAAUGAUUUAAAAGGUUAUAGUAAAAUUUUGUUCAACUCAGUCAUUACAUAAAGGAAUUUUACUUCUGUUUAUACUGUAAACUUCAUGGUUAUAAAGUAGGAAAAAGAUGGUAGAUUAGCCAGAGAAAUUAAGGUCCGUGAGCAAAUAAUACGCUUUUAGAAGAAGAGCAGCUUCUUUUUGGCCAUAAAAAAAUGGUUUUUUUUUUUUCUUCUUUCUUCGGUGCUUAACUCGUGAUAUUGGUUCAAAAAUUAAUCUUUGUUGUUUAUACCUGAUAAUGAUAUGGGCCAUUGCAUCUGGAUGUCUGAACAUGAAGUCCGUAACCGUAGCUUUCUUAAUGCAAGUAUGGGCGCUUCUUUUCUACAUGCAUGUAAAAAUUAUUAUUAAAUUUCAACAUACAUGUAUAUGAUUGGUACGUGUAUGCUCACAUGAAGAAACCGCCGACAUGUGAAAUCUUCCACUGUGCAUUUAUGUUCUUGGUUACAGCUAAUAACAUUAGUUGGUUUCUUUUCUACCAAAGAAAAAGAUUAGUUGAUUUCUUUGAAUGUAAUAAUUAGAUUGAUGCAUUUCUUUCAAGUUCAUAAUUAGUUCAUCUCCGAAACUUCAGUAUCUCAGGCCACUAACCAAGGAAAAUAAAUGUGCCCGUUGUUUUUUCUUUCCUCUUUCUUCUUGAUAUGAAGAUCAUAUAUAGUCAUUUUAUGGUAUAACUCCUGAAAACUCAAAGUAAGAUUCAUCCAUUAGUAAUUUAUAUGUUGACUUGGUGAAGGAUAUAUAUAGUGAUGGAAGUAGUCUGCAGAAGAGAAAUUAAAAUCAAAUUAGCAAUCUCGGUGUACUAUUUUGUCGGUGAUCAUAAGUGUUUCAGGAAACACGUGAUUUAAUAGAUUUUAUAAAUACAUAUGAUUCAUGGAAUUUAAAUUUAACAGCACAAAAUAAUUAUAUGAGAAACAGAAAAAAGAGAAGGGUAGGUUCCGUAUUGGAUUCUCUUACCUUUAUGGGUCUGCUUUUGGGCAGUGAUACAGUGGAUAGUUGACGCGGCCUACACAUUCCAAAAUUUAGCCGUCCUGGUGGAUACAUAGCUUCCUACUCCUGCAUAGUUGCUUGUAUCUAUGCAAUCAAGCUUAGGACACGUGUCAUCUCUUGUUCAUUUCGUCUCCUUUGCCUCACUUUAACGCUAUGAAGAAGAAUACGUGGCCCAUAGUCCAUACCUGCACAUGUGAAAAUCUGGUGGCACGUCGGUUUCAGUUCUAGCUAUGCACGAACCUUUCUUUUUUUUGUUUUUUUCCUGUUUGGUUUCUUUUUUUUUUUUUUUUUUUUUUGUGGUAUGGGUUCUGAAUUCUGGCUUGUUUUGAUUUCCUAGUGGUCAUCACCCCGUAGUGCUAGUUAACGUGCAUCUAUCACUACUAUCGUUAUCAUUCAUCCCAGUACUCGUAUCUCACCAAUUAAAAAUGGUGAAAAUUUCUGAUCUUGACGGCAAAGUUAUAGGCCUUUACUUUUCAGCCAACUGGUAUCCACCAUGUCGGAAUUUCACUGAAGUGCUGGUUGGUGUGUAUGAGCAGCUGAAGAGUAGUGGGUCUAAUUUCGAGAUUGUGUUCGUGUCAUCAGAUGAAGACUUGAAUGCCUUCAACAACUAUCACGCCAGCAUGUCAUGGCUUGCAAUUCCGUUCUCCGAUGUGGAGACAAAGAAGGCUUUGAAUCGGAAAUUCGAUAUUGAAGGUAUUCCAAGCUUGGUUGUUUUGCAACCUAAUGAUAUUAAGGAUGAAGCAACAUUGAGCGAUGGGGUUGAACUCAUUUACCGGUAUGGAGUCCAAGUCUUCCCAUUUACUAAAGAAAAGUUGGAGGCAUUGCAAAGUGAAGAGAGGGAGAAGCAUGAGACCCAAACCUUAACCAUUUUACUAACAAACCAUGAUAGAGAUUAUCUUUUGGGUCAUUCCACACCUAAACAGGUGCCCGUUGCUUCCUUGGUGGGUAAAACAAUUGGACUCUACUUCUCCGCCCAGUGGGGUGUUCCAUGUGUGAAGUUCACUCCCAAGCUUGUGUCUGUCUACCAGAAGAUUAAGCAAACGAUGAUAGAAAAUGCAGACGAAGACUUUGAGAUAGUUUUCGUGUCAAUGGAUCGCGAGCAAGCAGAAUUUCAGUCCUAUAUUAGUGUCAUGCCUUGGCUAGCAUUGCCAUUUGGAGACCCGAGCAUCAAAGACCUCGCUAAGCAUUUUGAUGUAAAAUGUAUCCCUUGCUUGAUCAUUUUAGGCCCUGAUGGCAAAACUGUCACCAAACAAGGGAGAAACCUUAUAAAUCUGUACCAAGAAAAGGCAUACCCUUUUACUAAGGCCAAAGUGGAAUUGCUCGAGAAGCAAAUGGAGGAAGAAGCAAAGAACCUACCAGUGUCGGUUCAGCAUGAAGGACACCGGCAUGAGCUGGGUUUGGUGUCUGAGGGAACAGGAGGUGGUCCCUUCAUAUGCUGCAAUUGCGAUGAGCAAGGUUCGGGUUGGGCUUACCAAUGUCUGGAAUGUGGGUAUGAGGUGCACCCCAAGUGCGUGAGAUCUGUGAGCGGUGGCUCCUUGGUUGGAAGGUGACCGAACCUCCAUGGUUUGCUAAUGUUGCUAAUUAAUUCAGAUUCCGUUUCCAUAUUGUAAUGUGUUUAUUCCGCAAGAAAGGUGUUGGUUGUUGUUUUCAUCUGUUCACUUAACGGAUGGGAAAUUCAAAAUUUCCCUGUUGGGACAUGUUAUGUGCUUCAAAUUUCUCCUGUGUAACAAAGAUAUAAGAACAGAAUUUACCUGAUUGCAAGCGAGAAAAUUAGGCAACUGCUGGAAUCCCGUGCUGUGGGUUUCUUCUUCAGGCGCCAAUAAGUAGGUUUUGGAGAUCGAUUAGCACCAUCCAUCACUCGGCAGAACAUACACAUUGAACCUGAUUAAAGGAAAUCCAUUUGGGUCCCAAUUUGGCUGCUUAAGCCCGGUCUCUGUAUGGCCGAAAAUCCCGAUCAACAACUAUGAUAUUGCUUUGCGCGUGUGAUAUUCCAAUAGAAACAAUGUUCAGUCUUUGAUCCUGUUACAAGUAUGAAGUAGGAGUUGAAAAUUAGAUUGUA